CCCAUCUUGGAGCUGUCAACAACAACAGCAGCAUCACUCCAACAUCGGCACUAUCAAUCAUGUCCGGGUCAAAGAAUAUCACCUUCUACGACAUCGCCGCCCGCCCGCCAGUGGAAAAGAACGUCUUCUCCCCAAACCCAUGGAAGACUAGAUUCGCCCUCAACUUCAAAAAAGUCCCCUACUCUACAUCAUGGGUAGCUCUCCCUGACAUCACCAAAGUACGCACUGGCCUUAAGGUCCCCGCCUGUCGUAAAUUCAACGACGGCAAAGACUUUUACACGCUGCCCAUCAUUGAAGAUCCCUCAACUGGUUCUGUAGUCGGCGACUCCUUCGACAUCGCUAUUUAUCUACAGAAAACUUACCCAAGCUCUGGUGGAGGCGAUCUCUUCCCCACUCAGACGCUCGACUUUGACUUUGAGCAUCCCUACAUCCUCGUCCCACUCUCCGAAUGGCGCGACAAGGAAAACCCCGAGUACGCCAAGUUCAACCUCAACAUCGACGCGGCAUUCACAGCGCAUGUUCAACUAGGCGUUCAGGGCAUGCCGUUUGAUCCAGCGAGUGAGGAGGAGAGCAAGGCGGAGUUUGUGCGACGUGCGGGGGUGAAACAGUGGGACGACUUUGCGCUAGUUGGCGAGGCGAGGCAUAAGGUGAUGCAGUCUUUGAAGGAGAUGCUAGGUAACCUCAAGAGGUUGUUUAUGAGGGAUGAGAGUGGCCCGUUUUUGCUGGGGGAGAGGGUAAGUUAUGCGGAUAUGAUUGUUGGUGCGUGGUUGAGGAUGUUGCAUGCUACGCUGCCUGAGGAUGAGUGGGCUCAGAUUGCGGGAUGGCAUGAUGGGACAUUUGGGAAGUUGCAUGAGGCUCUGGAUGCCUAUGCAGAGGUAAAAUAGAUUCGAUACGCUCAUAGACUCUGUCAAGUAAACUUGUCUUCGCCCCGCAAA